GCCCACAGCACCGUUGCUGCAAAUACCUUAUUAUUUCAGUGCACUUACUCAGCUGUUAACUGAGCGCUCGGGGAAACACGGCCGCUGCAACAUCCAUCGACUUACUUCUUCACUGUAAGGCUUAGCGCCAACCUUCUUCACUCGAACCCAAUCAUACUUGUCAUAAGUCAGCAGCCUGCGCAGUUGCGAGUGGUAGAGAUACAGCAUCAGGAUGCUCCACGCCAGGGAGGUCAGCCAAUUGAGGGCGGGCAGCUCGGCCCGCACGCUUUCGCGUGCUGACGUGCGGCGGGUGGCCCGGGCUGGCGCUCGUCGCGGCGUCGUGGCUGGGCCCGCUGCGCCAUCGUAUCCCGGCCAUGCUCUAACACGCGCCUCCUCCAGCUCCGGUGUCCGGGACUCGGUAGCCGCCACAGCAGCGGCCGCGGAUUCGCCUGCCAGUUAUGUCGACGCCCCCAGCAGCGUGGAGGGCCGGCGGGUGGUCAUUGUGGGCGGCGGCUGGGCGGGCUUCGGUGCCGCCAAGCACCUGAGCGAGCAGGGCUACGACGUUACAUUGCUGGAGGCCAGCCCCAACCCCGGCGGCCUCAGCAGCGGCUGGCGCACCGCCAGCGGCAAGACAGUGGAGGCGGGCAUGAAGGGUGAGGGCUUCUGGUAUCAGUACAAGAACACGUUCAAGCUGAUUAAGGACCUGCAGCUGCCGUCCUGGCCGCUCACCGACUUCACCACCAGCGGGUUCUGGAACCCCAAGGGACUGGUGACGGAGGCGCCCGUGUUCAGCAAACUGCCGCAGCUGCCCACGCUGAUUGGCCAGUUCGUGCACACGGCCCCGCUCUACUGGGCAUUGCCGCUGGAGGACCGCCUCACCAUGCUGCCCUUCCUGGCCACCCUGGCUGACUACGUGUCCAGUGAGGAGGCUUUUGAGAAAUACGACAAGAUGAGCGCAUACGAGCUGUUCCGCAAGUGCGGCGUGAGCACGCGCUGCUACAACGAGUUCCUGCGCCCCACGCUGCUGGUCGGACUGUUCGCGCCGCCCGAGGACCUGUCGGCCGCCGCGGUGCUGGAAACGCUAUACUUCUACGCCCUGGCUCACCAAAACGAUUUUGAUGUGUGCUGGCCGCGCGGCGCUAUCGCGGAGCUCAUCUUUCAGCCCAUGGUGGAGCGCAUCCGGGCAGCGGGCGGCCGUGUGCAGGGCAGCCGGCUGGUGACCGGCCUCACCACUGACCCCGUCACGGGGGAGGUGGUCAGCGUGGAGGCGGCGGACCGCAGCACGGGCGAGACGUACAGCUACCCGGCUGACGCGCUGGUGUUUGCUGUGGGCAUCACCGGCAUGCAGAAGCUGGUGGCAGCCACGCCCGCAUUGGCGCAGAAGGCCGACUUCCGCGCUAUCAUGGAGCUGAGGGCGCUGGACGUGAUCGCCACGCGCGUGUGGUUUGACCGCCGCGUGUCCACCCGCUACCCGGCCAACGUGCUGUCGGGCUUCGAGGCCACUGCCGGCGCCACCUUCUUCAACCUGAAUGACCUGCAGGACGAGUACCGCGACGCGCCCGGCUCCGUCAUCAGCGCCGACUUCUACCACGCUAACGCACUGCUGCCGCUGAGCGACGAGGCCAUCGUGCAGCGGGUGGUGGAGCACGUGGCCAAGUGCGAGCCCGGAUUCAAGGGUGCCAAGGUGGUUGACAGCAUCGUGCUGCGCUACCCCAAAGCCGUCACGCACUUCAGCCCCGGCUCCUACCCCUACCGCCCCUUCCAGGCCACAUCCAUCCCCAACACCUUCAUGGCCGGCGACUGGGUCAAGGGCGUGCCACACGGCGCCAACGGCCUGUCCCAGGAGCGGGCGUACGUCACGGGCCUGGUGGCAGCAAACUUAGUCAUGCAGCGCCUGGGUGGCGGCGGGCAGCAGGCCGAGAUCCUCGACGUGGAUCCUGAUGAGCCGCACAUCGCGGCGGCACGUACGGCGGCACGCAGCGCCCGGCAGUUUGCGGACGCCCUGGGCAUCCGCAGCCCGUUCCUGUGAGGCUAUGAUAGGCAGUACUGGAGGCCUGGAGGAUUGUGAGGGGAGGGGUGGGGAUGGGGCGGGGGGUUCACAUGUAGGCCCAGUUGGGCAUGCACACGAGGGGUGGGUAAUGUGGGUCAGAGACUCAGAGUGGAGGGUGGGGACUUGAGAGGACGUGUAUAAGGGUUCAAACGUGUGUGGCAGGGUGAGAGUUGUGGCGCGGUGACACGGAGUUGGAGCGUGGUGAGGCUGCCGUGCGCUAAUGUUUGCUGAUUGCUAAGCGAUGCAUGAUUUAGGACUCUGUGAUACCAAGAGAAAGAAUUCAAGGGCCCAGGCUCAUCAGGAGGCAUAGCCAUGAGGCCAUCACGUCGACAACGCAGAGGGUGCUGGCGCAGUUUUGACGAAAGAGGCGCUGCUGGCAAACUGGCCAAAAUCUUGAGGACGGAUGCAUAUCAGCCCAUGCCGGUGAGAUGCUACUUCGCAUGUAUGGACACAUCCUGCGCGCGUCAGGCCAGAGGGAUGACACGCCCCCUCUUUUGGGACCUCGAAGUUAGCGGAGCGAGCUCCGGUGAAGGCUAAUCUGGGUGCAGUUAACCCGCUCAGGAGGGGUAGCGGGCCUCACCGCGGGUGGGCCCGGGGCUAACCUGGGUGGGCCGUCGGCUAAUCCUCAGUGGACCGCCGGCUAAUCCUAGGUGGGCCGCCGGCUAAUCCGAGUGAGCCGCCCGCUAACCUUGGUGUGCCCCGAGCCCUGCCAAUUAGCCAUCACUUUGCUGUCACUUCCAUGUUUCUGGCGUUGUCUAAGUAUGGUCUUAGAUGGGGAAUGGUUGGAUGGGGCAAGAUGGGCACGCGGGGCCGCAGGGACGUGAACCACUGGUUCACCAGCCGGAAACCAGCUCUAUAUGUUGGAAUAUUUUCUGUUAUUGUUCAUACGUAUGGUGUCUAUGCAGUUGAGGAAAUAGGGACCUGUUUUUGACCUCAAGUCAAAGAAGUGUUGUUUGUUGCCUCAGAUUUCAGCCCGCGUCGGUAGUAUAUUUGAAUAUGGGAGCUCUCAUGGCCACAUAAAACAAUACGAGAACCCCUGUCCUGCAUUCCUCCGAAAAUGAACCAGUGGUUCAUGCGGCUGCGUCGUUUGCGGGUUGCUGCGUUUGGAGACUUAGGGUGUGUCAGGGAGAUUAUGUAAACAGUACAGCAU